AUGGAUGAUGCUUCGUUGGAUUUAGAGGGCUACAGCUCUACCUAUACUACCGGUCAGAAUCAACAUUCCUCGCCGCAUUUAGUAUCACCCAUGGCUUUCGAAAACAUCGUUUCUGGAAAGGACAUUCACUCUUCAAAGGAUCAGAGUACCAGCUCCGCGUUGAACGAAUUGCAAGAUAGCGCGUCUCCGGACCAUGGAUAUCAUUCCAUGGAAACAACUACAACUACUAAUUACGACUCCGUGGGAUUAAUUUCUCAAAUAACAAACCCGAGCGGAGACACAGAUGAUGCAUUGUUUAUGUACUACCUGGACGAAGUCUUCUACAUCCAGUAUCCGUUUUUUCACUGCCAAAAGAAACAAGGAAGAGGUUGGCUCUUUGCGAUCCUCCGAAGAGUCAAAUCGGUAUACCAUGCGGCUUUAGCUCUGAGCGAACGCCAACGUCUUUCAAGCUCAUCAUCGCCAAAUAGUGACAUUGCUAUUAGCCUCAUCCAACUACGGACCCAAAAUAGCCACUACGAUAUAGCCAUUCAUGAGAUGCAGGUGAUGAUAAAUGAUUCUCACACAUCGAAAGGGAGUGGCCUUUUGCUCCAUAGUAUAGAGAUUCUCAUGUCUAUACUGCAGCUUCUGUUCUUUGAGGUAGGCCCAGCUUCCGCCUUUGAUGAUGCCACACGACUCUACAAUUCCACAGAGCGGAAGUGA